AACACCGUUCUCUUUUUAUGACAGAAGGGAGGUGAAGGGUCCAACUCACUCCUAAACUAAACUCUUCUCCUCUUCACGUUCUUUCAACUUCUUACCCCUGGCCUUGUUGGAGAGGUGAUGACUACGUAGAGAUAUUUCAAGGAUUGCCAAUUUGCUGAUUGGUUAGUGAAUACUUUCCAGCCACGAUGGCCUCGAGCAGGCGCUUGGAUGUUCUGACGUCCCAUUUGCGUAAGCCAACUACUGACUCUCUGGAGGUACAGGUCACCUCAGCAUCUGGUGCUACCCUCCCUACCUCGUAUUGCGCAGCCGAUUCUGCACUAACAGCAGCCGAAAUAGAGCAUUACGCUCGGCAUGGAUUUGUCGUCAAGAGGGGCUUGGUUGAUCGCCAAUCCACACAGCAGUACAAGGAAAGGUUUCGCCAAAUCUGCUCUGGCGAGGUCAAACUAGAUCCAUCUGCACUGAUCAUGAGGGAUGUGAGCAUUGCUCGCUCCGAGUACGUAGUGGACGAGAAAGCAAUAACCAAGGUACAGAACUUCCAAGAUGAUGAGGUCUUGUUUGGCUACUGCAGCCACCCGGCCAUUCUACCGUACGUACAGGCCAUUGCCGGCAAUGACCUCAUGUCGAUGCAUACAAUGCUGCUGAACAAACCACCCGACACGGGCAGUAAGAGCUCGCGCCAUCCGCUUCACCAGGACCUGCACUACUUCCCGUUCAGGCCCGCCGAUCGGAUCGUGUGCGCGUGGACAGCGUUGCAGCAUGUCGACCGCGAGAACGGUUGCCUUGUAGUACACCCUGGAAGCCAUGCCACCAAUCCACUACUGGCACACGGCUAUCCGGAGUGGAAGGGCGGUGUCAACAAAAUGUAUCACGGUAUACCUUUGGAGAGUAUGCCACCGAAGUCCGAAAUGGUACAUUUGGAGAUGGAAGAAGGUGAUACAGUCUUCUUCCACCCUCUACUCAUCCACGGCUCUGGAAUGAAUCGAACAGACGGCUUCCGCAAGGCAAUCUCUUGUCACUACGCCUCCUCUCACUGCGUGAUGGUCGAUCUUGCGCCGACGCAGAAGAUCAUGGACGACGAGGUGCAGGAGAUUGCUCGCAUUCGCCUUGCCAAGAUGGGAAUGGCCAGCGCUAAGCUGACGACGCACGACGCUUGGCGGAUUCGUGCUCGUUUGGUGUCUGGCGAACACGGCAGCCUGACUGCUUGAGCGCAGUGCUAGCAACCCAAUACUAGUGGAACGUCCACCUUUUAUAGGAAAGCUGGUUGAGCGAAUUAUCGGAAGUCGGUACCACUAUCCCGUACAUCCACCUUUUGUUUUGACGAUGCGACGGUGUACCUAUCAGCUAAUGCAACCCUGGCCAGUGUUCGCCUGGACAAGCCGUAUCUCCAGUCAUAGCCCAGCAAUUCCGUACCUGGCAAUCAUAAUGCCAAAUUUCUUGUAGUUGCCCAUGCUCUCAACUUGUUUUUUUUCUAGAACGUUAGGUUUGCAUGCAGCUUUGUCGUUUUUUUAUUGUUAGUGUUUGCUUUUAUAGCUCUUGAUUGACAAAUUCACUUCAUUUUAAAAAGCUCUCAAAUUACUAGUUGGCUAGUUGCACUAUUAUGGUAGCAUAUUUAUUUACAUUGAAUCCUACAGCCAUGCAGGCCUGUAGGCAUGUUGGUUUGUUGCUAGCAGGCCACAGGAUAUGCAUAGCGAGGCGUUCUUAUUUUUAUUACCAAAUAUUUUAGAAAUACACCAUACAUGUCAAGCUGUGCGGUUAGGUUUGCCUUGCGAAUAUGCAAUAAGAUAUUGAUCUGUUCAUCACCAAAUACUAGUAUUACUGAUGAUAUAAAAUGC